CUAUAUCGCCUUGCGCCGUAUAAAACACGUAAGGUGACUCAGUAAAGCUUAUUUUGUUCCCAACUUUUGCGAGAGAGCCAUCUAGUGUCGAACGUGUUAAGCUCGAGUGAUAGUGUUUUCAGUGAUUUAUACUCACAAUGCCUGGACGUCCUAUUUGGCAGUGCGCUGGCAAACGUGAGCCAGAAAAAGAAGCAGAAGCUCAAAGAUGGGUAGAGGCUGUGAUUGGAGAACAAUUCCCGCCUGGUUUGCCUUACGAAUUGGCAUUGCGAGAUGGAAUCAUCCUGUGUAAACUGAUGAACAGGCUGCAGCCGGGCAUAAUCUCCAAAAUCAAUGUCUCUGGCGGUGACUAUAAAUUCAUGGACAAUAUUAGCCAAUUCCAAAAAGCCUGCGUAAAGUACGGUGUACCAGACGUAGACCUUUUCCAAUCUACUGAUCUUUGGGACCAGAAAAAUAUUUCCCUAGUCACACAAACAAUUUUCGCUAUUGGCAGAACGACACACAAGCAUCCUGAAUGGCGUGGCCCGUGGUUAGGCCCUAAACCCGCUGAAGAAAACCGACGGGAAUUCAGCGAAGAUGUUCUCCGAGCGGGAGAAUCCGUGAUCGGUCUACAGGCUGGUACAAACAAAUUGGCAUCACAGUCCGGACAAAACUUCGGUGCUUCGAGAAAGAUCAUACUCGGCAAGUGAAGUACCAGGCUGACAGAAACCUAAAGAGCAAACGCGAGCUUAGAUUUAUGUUAUUUAAACGAAGUGUCAAUUUUCUCAUUUUUAAUCUGUUAAUUUUUCAUGUAAUUCGCAUAAUAAAAUAGUUCAAAUCAGAAUUAUUUUUUUAUCUCUAUGUAAUUUAAUUUUUGUCUUAUUUUCAAUUUAUACUCUGAAAAUUUUAUGUUGUAUAAUUUAUGCUUAAUGUGAAUAUUUAAAUUUAUAUGCUGUUUUAGAAACAUUUCUCUGUCUGUGGCAAAUUUUAUUAUGAUACUUUAAGUGCUGUUAUAAAAGCCUAGUCAAUAAAUUAGUUAUUUAUUAAACAAACAA